GUGGGCGAUCUACCGUGGAAUGAUCUCGUCGGCAUGACAUCUCUCUGUCGCUGAUGGAUGGAUACGGUCAACAUUUCCCGCCGAACGGGAAUCGGCCGAAGAAGAACCUGUGGACGACCGUCAGGGGGAGUAGCCGGGAUUUCUGGCUCUCGACCUCAAUUCCGGGACUCACCAAUGCCAGGAGACAUCAAAAUCCCGCUCCGAAACUGCUAUGGUUGACGGUGUUCCUUAUCGGAGCGGCUUUCACGGUGUACUCGGGUUACCAAGUGGUGGCGGAUUACCUUUCCUACCCGGUGAUCACAUACGUAUCCAUGAACCACGCCCCAAGGAUGCCUUUCCCGGCCGUCACCGUCUGCAACUCGAAUCCCAUCGUCUGCUACAAGCUGGCCCAGUUCCGAGAUCAGCUACCAGAACUGUGGAAUGCAUCUGGCUGUGAAGUUACUUCAGCGAUGUUCACUAAACUCACUAUGGCCCUGACGACAUUGAAUGCAACGGAAUUCAAGGCAGCACUCGAUCGGUACUUGCAAGGAGAAAUGGGAAACAUGACCGACUUGGUAUUUGCCAUUGUGGAUGAUGCUGGCGACUACUCGUAUGCGGGAGAAUUGACGUCUCUCCUGAAUUUCCUCCCCGGCAAUGAUUCUUCACCUAUGUUGCAUAUGAUUCUCAGCGCUUGUUUGUGUGCGGAACCUGCGGCGUUCAAGGCUGGGAACGGCAGCAAAGCCUUUGAUGCUCUCAUGUCCUAUGCGAAGGGUGCAGCUGUGGCGACAAGCGGGACACGUCAAAGCAUGGGAGCGGGAACAGCCGGGGGUUCGUUAAAUUCUGGAGGGUCUUCGAGCCGUAAUUCUGUUGCCUCUACAUCGAACACAACGAGGAAGAGAUCAAUAGCAGGUGCUGGGAACACGGCAGGGACUUAUAAUCAGGGUGCUCAGGAAAACAGUACUUAUGGGCAGGGAAGCAAUCCUCAUAUCCAGGGAAACGGUCCGGUAGACAUCGCCUCUGCAACCACAUAUUACGUGAAAUACGUGAAGCUGAUGGAAGCCUUCUCCAAAGUGAAUGACUCACUGAAGCAAAGAAUCACGCCUUCGUUGACAAUGCUAAUCUGGAGAUGCACCUUUCAAGGCACCGACUGCUUGCAGGACGGGUUUUUCCAGAAGAUAAUGACGCCACAAUAUGGUGCUUGUUACAUGUUCAACACAGCCUGGAAUCCAAGCGAUUCGGAUGGAGGGCAAAGGAUAUCGGGCAAAACUGGAGAAGAAACAGGCUUGUCACUGGAAGUGUUUAUAGACCAGGAUAACUAUAUCCCAAACCCGAUUUCAUCGAGUGCCGGAGCCCGAAUCACCAUUCAUUCCCCGGACCAAUUGCCGAAUCCUGUGGAACAGGGAUACUUCGUUCAACCCAACACUCACACUGUCUUUGGUUUACAAAUUGUGAACAUGUCCAGGUUGCCGAGUCCCUACGUCACCAACUGCGUUUCGAACUGGACUGAGACCGACUUCGAACCCCUUCCUUCUGGAUUUAAUCAAAAUAUCAGCAAUCAGAAUUUCAUCUUCGGCUACAGUCAAGUCGGCAAAAAUCUUGGAAUUGAAGAUAUCAUCGCGCAAGUUCUUAGUGACCCUACGAUGUCUGCGACGGUCAAGGGAACCAUGCAGAAGGACAUGCUGAAAGUUGAGAUCUUUUUCCGCUCCCUCAAUCUGCAAGUCAUCCAGGAAAAACCGAAAUACGACUUGUAUGGACUGGUGAGCAACCUGGGAGGAGUAGUCGGGAUCUAUUUGGGGAUGUGUGUCGUGAUGCUCAUCGAGAUCCUGGAAUUCCUCGCUUUUCUCCUCUACGACAUCAUCCGGUAUUUCCUCGGAAAGGAUUCGCGUGAUGAACAACAGAUUGGGGGCCUACACAAGAGCAAGGAGCUUGGAGCACCUCCCGCCAAUAAAUCCUACAAUCAGAUCAUCGCCUCGAUGUACCCUGUCUCUCAAGAUCUCCCUCCUCCCGUUUACCAUCGCAAAGUGUGGGGCAGUCAAUGA